UUCUGGGUUGUGCAACCAUCCAUCGCACCCUCGCAACCCACUGGCAUCGCAUCGCAACGAAAUGCACACAACGGAUCGGAAUCCGAUACAACAUGAUCGAUGGAAGACAACCUCAGAAUCAGCAGCACCCCACAUGGAUUUCACCAUGCAGUGCACAGCAGAGUCAUGGAGCUGCUUUAGUCACGCAGCAAUCGACAUUCCUCAAGCUCUGAACAACUCCUGGUGGAUUCCGGUUGCGUGAGUGCGAUCCCACAACGUGGGUGGUCGCGGUAACCUCCUCGCCAGCAGCAGCAACAACACACACAACCUCACCGCCGCUGCAGCCUUCCGACGCCGCUGCCGCUCCUCCACGCACAGCGAUGCCGACGCCAGCCCUGCCAGCUUUGGCUCUGAGUCUCCUCCUCCUCCUCGUCGCCAGAGCCACACUCGUUGCCGCUGCCGCGCCGGACGAUAUUACAUUCUAUGAGAAUUUUGAGUCAAGUUGGAAAGGGCGUUGGAUUGUUACAAAAAACCAAGAGUACAAAGGUAAAUGGAAGCAUGAAAAAAGUCAAGGUCAUAAUGACUAUGGAUUGUUGGUUAGUCAAAAGGCCAAAAAAUAUGCUAUAAUGUAUAAUCUACCAAAGGUGGUGGAUCCUAAUGAAGGAACUUUGACCUUACAAUAUGAUGUUCGGUUUCAAAAUGGCAUCACUUGUGGAGGUGCAUAUUUGAAAUUUCUUGUGCCAGAGGAAAACAAAAGAAAUGAGAUGAAUAGUGAAACUCCAUACUCAAUUAUGUUUGGUGCGGACAAGUGUGGAUCAACUAAUAAGGUUCAUUUUAUAUUCCACCAUAAAAAUCCCGUUACUAGAGAGUACAUAGAACACCACAUGGUAAAUCCGGCUUUGGUUGAAGUUGAUAGAUUUACACAUGUGUACACGGCAACAAUAUAUCCAAAUAAUACCAUCAUGGUUUUUGUGGAUGGAGUGCUUGCAAAAAGAUGCAAUUCCAUGGGAAGUGAUUUUGAGCCACUGCUCAUUCCUCCCGCUUUUAUAGAUGACCCAAAUGAUGAAAAGCCUCCCACAUGGGAUGACCGUAAGAAAAUCCCCAAUCCAAGUGCUUCAAAGCCUAAAGAUUGGAAUGAAGAUGAACCAAGUCAAAUUGUUGAUACUGCAGCUGUAAAACCUGAGGGAUGGUUAGAGGAUGAACCGGAAGAAAUAGAUGAUCCCACAUCCAAAAAACCCACCACAUGGGACAACCAAAAAGAUGGAGAGUGGGAACAAGAAAAAAUGGACAAUCCAAGAUGUAAGGACGUUGUUGGAUGUGGUCCUUGGCAACCUCCGAUGAUAAACAAUCCCGCAUAUAAAGGAAAAUGGAGCCCUCCUUUGAUUGAUAAUCCAAACUAUUAUGGCAUAUGGAAGCCAAAACAAAUUCCCAACCCAUCUCAUUUUGAAGCUACAAGACCCCAAUUUGAAAAAAUAGGCAAAAUUGGAAUAGAGAUUUGGACAAUGGACGAUGGUAUUAUUUUUGACAACAUUCUUAUCACAAAUAAUGAAACUUUUGCCCAACAAUUAAGAACACAAACCUGGAGUGAAAAAAUCAAAGUUGAGAAACAAUCAGAGCCUAUUGAAGAUUCAACACUCUCUUGGAAAAACACUUUGAAAAGUUUACUUUUAAUUAAGGUUGUAAUCAAAAGAAUUGAGGACAUCCGUCUCUCCAAAUCUGGAAUUUUCGGAACAAUAUUUGUACUUUUUGUUUCAGUUUGUGGUUACGUGUUUGGAAAAAGAAAUUCUUCAAAAUUAACUGAAAAGAAAUUAUUACAUGAAAAUAAAAUAAGAGUAAAAUAUGAUAAGCGUAAAAAUCAAGCAUUAUUAAAUGAUGUAUCCCAAAAUCCCCCUAAAGAUGAAGCCCACAAGUUGGAAAAUUUUCAAGAAAUUGAGACAGAGGAGCAUAAAAAUUUAAAACUACAAGAGAAACAAGGAAAAAAAUCUCUUUGAUAUACUUCAAAAAAAUCAUAAAGUCAUUCAUUUUAAAAUAUUCUACAGCAAGAGGUUGUAAUAGACAUGGAGUAUCAUAAUUUCAACAUAACUGUUUUUGUUCAAUUUUACAUAUGAAAGCCUUAGAGAACAACAUUAACAUGACAAUAGAUUCAUCUCAUCAAUGAAUUAAAAUUGUAAAUGUUUAGAAUAAACACAAUAUUGGAGCUUUCUCUUCUAAUAUUUAUAACUAAUUGAUUAUCUAUUUUCAAUACAGAAGUAAAAUGAAAGUGUUUCAAACUAUUUUUUGAAUUUAUUUAUUUAGCCUGUGAUUUAUUACGCACUAGAUUUAAAUAUAGUUUUUUAGCAUGAAUCUUGAAGUUGCAAUUUCAAAUAAAAUUUAAAAUAUGCACUCUUUUGUUUU